GUCAAAAUGUCAGAGUUAAAUUGAAUGUUUGUUAUUGUUUAAUAGUUGUAAUAUAUUUUUAAAACUAAAAAAUUAGAAAGAUGUUUCGUAAUUUAUACAAGCAAAGUGGGAAAGUCAUAACCGAAUUACAAGAGGAAAGGCGUAGAAAAUUAUUGGAAGAGCAGAAACGGAAUCGUUUGCUAUUACAGGAUUUAAAACGUGGUAUAGAUUUUUCGGAUGAACACAACAAGGAAACAAAACAAUCCGCUUCAAUUAAAAAAAGCUCUAGAGCAUUGCAAGAUGCAGAUGGUACGGAGUAUUCCCUACAGUUAUCUGAAUGGUUACGAGAGCGUCCCGAGAAUAUAGAUGAUUGGAUUUUGGUACCAUGUCCAAAAGGGCAACGUUGUUUAGUUGUGACAUAUAGUGGACGCACUGAAAUGUAUACUAAAGCCGGUCGUCGGCGUAUGUAUUUUCCUAGCUUAUUACCCGGUGGCAGUGGUCCACGUGGUAGUAAAAUGAGCACAAUACUGGAUUGUGUUUAUUCAGCUGGUGAGGAUACAUUUUAUGUUUUGGAUGCACUGGUGUAUGGCAAUCAAGAGUUGGUUCAUUGUGAGGCACAGUUUCGUUUCUUUUGGUUACGCUCGAAAUUCGAAGAGUGUCCUGAACUUUGUGCUACUAAUUCAUAUAAUAAGAAAUCAUUUAAAUACCUGCCGCGCUAUGAUUUUGAAAAUGUUGCUGACAUUUCAGAAGCUUUCCAACGAUAUCCGUUUUGGUCAGAAAAUGUACCUCGAUUAGAUGGUUGGUUGUUUUAUCACAAAGAGUCCAGUUACACCUACGGUACUACGCCUUUAGUCGGUUGGCUGUUUGCAUUUAUGGUCCCCGAUAUACUUGGAAUUGAAGUAAACGAAAAUUACGAACGACCUAUCGACUAUAGCGAUCCAAUUAUUUAUAUGGAUGAUUUUGAUGCCAAGUUAGCAGGUUUAAAACAGAAACAUUCAACUAAGAGCUCCAAGGGAAGUGACUCUCUUGACACAAUUGAAAUUGAUGAUGAGGAAAAUAUGGAUGAAGGUGAUAAUGCGGAAUUAUUUAAAGUGCUUAAUGAGGAACGUAAAUUAGAAAUCGGUGAACCAUAUUAUCGUCUUCAUGUAUGCGAAGAAGAAUUGCUCCAUUAGCAAUUUAUUUAAAACUGUUUUUACUGUUUUGUAUUUACAUAUGUAUAUGUAUAUAACUACGACAAAAAGUGUUUUGAUUUGGGGAUGAAAUGCUGUUUGUUUGCAACUGCGCACUGGAUAUGCUGUUUAAUUUGUAUAUGUAAA